AUGGUGAGCAAGAUUUUAUCAUUAAUUAUACUUAUAACAUUUAUAGUGCCAACAACUACUACAAUUACUACAACAACCACUACUAAUACAAUGACAACAACAACAACAACAACAACAACAACAUCGACAAGCAGUACAACUGUAACAAUAUCCACAGCCAAUUGGUUGAUCAACGGAGAUGCAGAGACGGGACCAUGUGAAACAGGUAGUGGUGUUACACAUCCGACCGGUUGGAACUAUAAUGGAACAGUCACACAAGUACAUUAUAACGAUACCUACGCUGAUAUUUCAUAUACUGAUCAUGGUCCUAGUGAUCGCGGAAAUUGUUAUUUUUAUGGUCAAGCAGAUAGUACUUCGAUGUGGCAAACUGUAAACAUGACAAGUUCAAUCGAUCCACUUCUUAUUGAUAGUCAGACAGUGGGAUUUAAUUUCUCGGCAUGGCUUGGAGGUUACAGCAGCCAAGAUGAUAAUGCUGAAGCUACAUUAACUUUUUAUGAUCAAAGCAAUCAUAAGACGGGUAAUAUCAGUACGUUGGGACCGGUGUUGGUAGCAGAUAGAGGAUCCCAAACUUUAUUACUCUUUCGACAAACACAAGGAUUGGUACCAAUCGGUGCGCGUUCUUUCACAGUUACUGUCAUAUUUACUCAUGUAGUCGGCCUCCUUACUGAUGCUGAUGUCGAUAAUAUCGCCGUUCACUUAUACUAG